AUGCAUGUUGAGUUUGAGAUGAGGAUGAUGGGAGAAUUGAAGUUCUUCAUAGGAAUUAAAAUUAACCAAAGUAAAAGUGGAACUCAUGUUCAUCAGUCCAAGUACACAAUGGAGCUUCUGAAGAAGUUUAAUCUUGAAGACUACAAGAUUAUGUCAACUUCUAUGCAUCCAACCUGUUGUCUGAACAAAGAGGAAAGUAGAACCAAGAUAUAUCAGAAGCUAUAUAUAGAUCCUAGAAAGACUCACUUAACUGAUGUUAAGAGAAUCUUUAAGUAUUUGAAAGGAAUAAUAAAUCUAGGAUUUCUUUAUAAAAAAUCCCUAGAUAAUAAGCUACUUAGAUUCUGCGAUGCUGACUAUGCUGGAGAUGGAAUUAAGAGAAAAUCCACUAGUGGAAACAAUCAAUUUAUAGGUAAAAACCUAAUAUAUUGGACUAGUAAUAGACAAGAAAUAUUGCUCUAUCUACAACAAAAGCAUAAUACAUCUCAGCUGCAAAAUGUUGUACACAUCUACUCUGGAUAA